UUCAAACUCUCCUGGCUUCUGUUCACUCAGAAGCCUCAGAAAGUAGCUUGGCUGGAAGAAACUGAGAGUGUCGAGAGGUAUCCCAGUCAAAAGAUUGGACCUCACAGAGCAGCCUAUUCUGGAAGCCAGUAUGCAGUUACAAUGGCAAACAGAGUGCUGGAGGAUGAGUUUGUGCGAAACUUAGCAAAGCUGCUCCGAAACCACGGUGACUCUGUACUGAAUGGGACAAGUACUCUGUCGCUGUUAACUGUUGGCCUCCAGCUCCUCCACAAUCUCUUUGAGCAGCACCUCCUGCCACGCAAGUACCAGCAUGGGUUCAUCGCACUGCCCUCCCACCCUUCUGAUACUGUCUCCGUCCUUGAGGUGCAGUUCCUUUUCGAUGUUCUACAGAAAACCGUCUCGCUGAAGUUGGUACAUCCCCCGGGUCCCAAACUUCAGACACCUGUGAAGAUCAUGGCUUUUAAAUCUCUCCGAUUUUUAGAGUUGAAGCGGGUACCCCCUCACUGUCUGGAAGGGCUGCGAUUUGUCUACACGCGACUUGAGAUCCUUGUAUGUUCAAGCUGCAUCAACACAAUUGAGGAAAUUAUCUCGGUCUGCGGUGGGGACCUGAGCUCUGCACUCCCCUGGCUUGAUUUGCACACGCUCAAUUUCAGCAACAACUUUAUCACCUCCCUGGACAGCUCACUGGCCCUGCUCAGUGUGCUACGUAUUCUGGACCUGAGUCAUAACCGAAUACGGGACUGUGCAGAGCACCUCAAGCCCCUGUCAGAACUGGAAUAUGUUAACUUGAGCUACAAUCUUCUGGAAAGAGUGCCCGUCUUCAGCUCCUGCUCCCGAGUUCAGCUGACCACUCUGCUCCUGCGCAACAACAAUUUGGAGAAUAUUAAUGGAGUUGAGCAUUUAUCACACUUGAAACACCUGGAUCUGGCCUACAACAUGAUCUCGGAGCAUGCCCAGCUCGCUCCUCUGUCCCAGCUACACAGCCUAAAGGAGCUCUUCCUUCAAGGGAAUCCUGUAUGUUACCAAAGACGCCAUCGGCCCUGUACUAUCUAUCACCUUUCCCCCAAAGCUGCCUUCAUGCGGCUGAUUUUGGAUGGAGAACCAUUGACUAUGGCAGAACUCACGUACCUGCCAAAGUCUGGCCGGCUAAUUGGACAGUCAAUGCGCCACUCUUCCCGGAAUAGCACGCUCAGGAAUGUUCUGGAAUCUUCGCUGACCAGUAACCGCAGUGACAGUGUAUACUCAUCAGCCAGCAGUGCCAGACCAAUCACCCGCAAAAAGAGUAAGAUCAAGGUGCGGACUGCCAGUAUCUCGGAGCCAAGUGACAGUGACAAGGAUAUUCCGAAUACUCCAGUCAUAUCGCAUGUUGUCUUGCAACACCAGGAGGACAUCAAGAGGAUGGAUGAGCUCCGUGGUCAGAUUGGGGACGAUUGGCUGCGCUAUCAGCAUCACCUGAACAGUCCCAGUGAGGUGCAAACGGGCAACUCUGAGGUGGCCAACACCCCUGGCAAGGAUGAAGCCGACAGCUCCUCCAGCAUCUUCCAUCGCAGAAGCAGCCUGGACGCUGCCUCCGAGGAUUCAGGAGACCAUGCCAGGAGCAACGAGACCACUCUGCUGGCCCCGGUCAGCAACCAGGAUGAAUGUGCCUCCUCCAGCUAUCUCGCUUCUGAAGAAGGAGCUUAUUUGAAUAAUUCUGUGUCACUAAUGGAGACACAGGAAGAGGAGGAGGAGGAGACAGUGAGAGAUGUCUGCCAGCCCUUCAUCGUUGGCCGGUUGGUGGAGGAGGAGCCUGAGUUGGAAAGCAGCUGGAUGUUCCUGAGAGUGACAGAGGACCAGCUCCUGGAGGUGGACCUGAUGAAUGCAGACGUCCUGGAGAAACUGGAGCUGAGCAGCCUGACAGCCAUCCAUACCUCCGAAGAGUUCUGGGAGGAAAAUAAUUCUGAGUCUUGCCUUUCUCGGCAGAGCAGAGGACAGGCUCUCCCGGCAGUGGAGUGUUCCUUCAGUUACAUUCGCAGGGACAAACGCAAGAGGAAGUACGUGAUCCUGGACAAGAAUCCCCAGGAUGCCUCUGAGAUGCUGGUUAAGAUCCUGAGUGAUGCAUUGGAAGCCAACCAGAGGGCGAUGCAGGAGCAUUUUCCCAAACUCCAGUGUUUGAAGUGUCAACACGAGUUCACAGUUUCCCCACAGGAGCGGGAGGCUGCUCACUGCCUCUCCGAACGUUCAAGUGUUGGACAGGCAGAUGACCCAGAUUACCUGCAGAUUGAGAGUCCAAAGGCCUCGCCGACCUGCCCCAAGUGCGCGAGUGAGAUUGUGAUCAUUGUGCCAUCCGAGGUAGACACAUGCACCAGCACACCCAUCCACCCGGAGGGUGAAGUUGUCAAGGUGGACGUCCUGAAGAUCGCCUUCACAGAUGGUAGUACCACUGGGAGCCUGAAGAGUAUUGAAUCUCCGAGCAGACUGAGUCUGGACGCUGGACCUGGGGUACUGGGUGAUGGUGCCACUGACAUGUUGAGCAUGGACCAAGAGAUCUAUUCCUUCGCUGCCGGCAAGUGUGCCAGCUUCUAUUUGGAGUGCGACCAGAGCUGCAGCAGCAGUGUGAGGGACGGCAGCCGGGUUUCUGACACCUCAGGUGAUGUGGAUCCCAGCCUGGGGGCACUGGAGCAGUCUCUGCACACAGCCCCUCAGGGUGGCUGCAGUCCUGGCGUGUAUUGUGGUAGCGCUAACCAGAGGGGGAGCACCGACAGCCUGACCUGGAGCUAUCGCUACGGCACUCCUGGACUGACGCCGAGCUCACCGCGCUCUGAAUGUGGGGAUGAUCUCUCUACAACCAGCAAAGUAGCCGAGUUCAACUUGUCUGUCGAGGAUUUUCAAACCAUUGACCACAGGCUGAAGCUGUUCCUCGACGUUGAGGUUUUCAGUGAAGAUAAGGAGGAGUAUCGGUGCUUUGUCAAGGCAUCUACAGUGAAAUACGGGAGCCCUCAGGAGUACCCGUCAUUGCUGAUCAUGUCGAAUUUCAAUGUCUACAUCUUGGAAAUCACUGGACCCGUCAGUGGUCAGCCAGCUACCUGGCUCAGGAAACGCGAGGUGCACCCUAUACUGGGUCUGGUGCACAUACAGGUGGGCCUUCGUACCCAGAGCAUUAGUAUGGAGUUUGACAGCUCAGGGGCAUCCUAUACACUGCUGAUCCGAAAUCCUUCCAAGUGCAAGAGCUUCAUGCAGUUUUUCACAGACAUGGUACGGGAAUUGACCCCAAGAUCAAUCAGUAAACUGGAAUCCAUCUGCUUCACCCGCAUGGACCCACAGCACAAACUCUGGCCCCUUGUCUGUGAGCAUCCAGCUGCUGACUCACCGGAGUAUCAGUGUCCCAAUUACCUGUAUGUGCUGGCAUUCCUUCUCGAAGAUGGUGAUCUUUCUCCUGUGAGUGUGGUUGCUACCUCAGCCACUAUCUACUUAUUGGUGGAGGACCAUCAGUGGAGGAAAGUGAUGGGCGAAAUGGACAAUCCUUUGCCUCCAGAGGUCCCAGCGAAAGAGAGCCAAGCCAUCAGUGAUAUCAGCUCAGUCAGCCUCUAUCAGUCUGCUCCACAUGACAUUCAGCUCCGGUUCUACCAUGAGGUAAGCCGGACUGAAAGCAUCUGGCAUCUGCGGACCGAGUGUGUGGAGCUGGUGAAAGCUGUAGUGGACUGGGUCCAGGAGCCAUGGAAGGAGAUGUUCGGGGUACCACUGAAUAUUGCUGUUCACCAAACGCUGGACUAGAGUGGGAGAUGGGAAUGUGUUAAGCCCAAGGUGCUUGUGGUCAGAAGGGAUAUGUGAGAGGGUGUGAUUUUCAUGAAAUGACCAGAGGUUGAUUCCUGCUGGUGGGAAGGACUUAUAUUUAGGCUUUACAAAGGGAGUGUUGCAAUCCUUGUGGAUUAAUGACUUUGAUCAUGAUGCCCUGCCUCACGUUGAGUAUUUGCCUUGUCUCUCCUUUUGUCAGUCACCUUUUAUACAAAAGUGUUCUUUUUAUUUUAAGUUUUCCAUUCUACUGAUAGUGGGACAGGUCCCUGGCAUCAGCCAAUCUCACCAGGGGCUGCCCUGACCCUCAGUGCUAGCAAGAGGGUUUGUUCCCAGAGUGGCCAAUGGCCAAGUCUCUUGUUUCCUCCUUUCCUGCUUUUGUUUGAGGGGUUAGUUGGUGAGUGUAAUUUAGUUGAAGUCUGUGUAGUGUUCAAAUUCAUGAACUGAUUGGGGAGAAGGGAAGGAAUUGGAGGUUUAUUGACCUGUACUGAGUUGCAAUUGGGGAUUUUGUUUUGCACCUUAACCUCACUUACUUGGUUGUGGUAACAGUCUCAUUAA